UCUAAAGCAAUUAAACUUAAAAUGCUACUUUUAGCACUAAGAUUGUUGAUGGUAUUUUUAUAGUAAAGAGAAGAUAAAAAAAAAAAGCAGGCAGGCGCUACGUUACUUAUAACCACCACCACUCGGCGGCACUUUAGUUGCUUUUACUCUGUUCUUUCUCCUUUAGCUCCUUCCUUCCUUGAGUCAUUUGAUGAUGGAAUCCAAUCCCAAUCCCAUCUCCUCUUCUCUUCUCCUUUUUCUGCUGUUUUUUACUCCAACUAUGGUGGCUCCUCUAGGUAUCAACUACGGGCAAAUUGCCAACAAUCUGCCCUUACCGGAAAACGUGGUACCAUUAGUCAAAUCCAUCGGAGCUACCAGAAUCAAGCUCUAUGAUGCUGACCCACAUGUCCUCAAAGCCUUUGCUAACACCGGCGUUGAGUUCAUCGUCAGUCUUGGCAAUGAGUACCUUGCCAAGAUGAAAGAUCCUUCUAAAGCUCAAUCAUGGGUUAAAAAUAAUGUCCAACCUUACUUACCUGCUACUAAAAUCACCUGCAUCGCUGUCGGUAAUGAAGUUCUCACCUUUAACGAUACCAUCCUCACCGACAACCUCCUCCCUGCAAUGCAAAGUGUCCACACUGCUCUUGUUAAUCUCAAAUUGGACAAGCAAGUCACUGUCACCACCGCACAUUCUCUUGCUAUUCUACAAACUUCCUAUCCCCCAUCGGCUGGAGCUUUCCGUCGGGAUCUUGUCAACUGUGUUACCCGGAUCGUGGACUUCCAUUGCAAAACUGGCUCACCUUUUCUUAUUAAUGCUUAUCCUUACUUUGCUUACAAGGGAAAUCCAAAGCAGGUCUCCCUUGAUUUCGUGCUAUUUCAGCCCAACUCUGGUAUCGUCGAUCCACAGUCCAAUCUACACUACGACAACAUGCUUUUCGCUCAGAUCGAUGCUGUUCACUCUGCUUUAGCUUCCAUCGGCUACAAAAACGUCUGCGUGCAGAUCUCGGAGACGGGAUGGCCGUCAAAGGGAGACGCCGACGAGGCCGGAGCUACACCGGAGAAUGCUAGGAAAUACAACUGUAAUCUAAUGAAGCUUAUUGGUCAGAAGAAGGGUACACCCAUGAGGCCUAACUCGGAUUUGAACAUAUACGUAUUUGCCUUGUUCAAUGAGAACCUCAAGCCUGGUCCUAGUUCUGAGCGAAACUAUGGCCUGUUCAAGCCGGACGGAUCUCAGGCUUACCCCUUAGGAGUCCCGGCAAUCAACGCAGCGAGUACGAAUAGCAGCAGCUCCGGUGGGUCUGGAUCUACACCAUCAGCGUCAGUGCCACUGCCGCCAGCAAGCUCCUCCUCCGGUUAUCUAGCCAUUACUUCUGAUUCGGUGAAAAGUCUUUCUACCGUGCAGCUUCUCUACCUUGCCCCUUUUAUUUCACUGGCACACUUUGUGAGCUUUGGUUACACCACUUGUAAUACAAAUGUUUGUAUUCUUUGAUUAUUUUUUAUGGUAUUAUUAGUUAGAUUUAUAAGACAAUACAAUAGCUUCCAAUCGGUUUGUUCUAACUUUAUGGCUUUCAUUCAACUA